AUGAACUCACGCUUUAUCACAGUAGCAACUAUUGCGAACAGCCAACUAUCAUGGACAUCAUCGUAUUUCGAUCAAAAGACUGAUGCAUCUAGUCAGGGUUAUGGUUGGAAAGUGGUUGGAGAUACAUAUGAUGAGCAAGUUCGUCUUCGGAAUAUGGCUACUAUGGUUGCUGCCUGGCCAAAAGCUGCUGAAGACAAUGUGCCUACAGUGCCAUGUUUAUCAGCUGAUGGUCAUAUGCUUGUACUAAGUGCCAGCGCAAGUCGUGUGCGGUAUGGUGUAAGCGCGACUUUUAUAAUGGUCUUUCAUAGUGAUGUGAUAGCUGUCCUUCCGAAAAAGAAAUUAGCACAGCCGAUCCCUACUCUUCGAUUGAGCUUGUGGUGUAUUUUUGAUGAUGGAUCAGUAACACCCGCAUACAGUUUCGAUGUGAGCCGUUACCAUGAACGUGUAUCUCUUCUUGAUUGUCCACUUAGUAUGUUUGCUAGUGACCAAUUGUGGCGAUAUAAUCGAACACUACGAGUGUAUGUCGCUUCGACAACAGAUAAAGAUCGCAAUGUACCUAUCUUAAAAGCAUUCAUCACUGUUCCAACACCUUCCUUGCUUCUAUCAAAUUCUAGUCAGGAAUCGUUAACAUUAUGUACUUCACCACUGCACAAUGGAGCUGAAUAUUUAACUGAAUGGAUAGAAUUUCAUCGGUUGGUCGGUUUUCGAAAGUUCGCCAUUUAUAACACAACCGACACUCAUCAACGCUUGUCGUCUGUUGUCAACGCUAUCAAUCGAAAAUAUUCGAAUCUAGUUGACGUCAUUCAAUGGAAUUUUUCAUCUCUUGCUCUGGCCGACGUUUCAUCAGUAGGAUAUUUUCAGAUGGAAGCUUUGCAUGAUUGUCUGAUUCGUUAUGGUGAUCAAUCAGAAUGGUUAGGUAUGUUCGACCUCAACGAGUACAUUGUGCCGCGUGAUCCAUGCCAAACUGUGCUUGACUGUUUGCAUGAUAACUAUCGUCGACGUGUCAUCGGAUCAAUCAGUUUGAUGAGUUAUUUCUUCUGCUCGAAAGAGUCUGCUAGAUACGCACUCAAAGAGAAGGACACAAAUCGAUUAGUUAUCGAACGGUUCGUUUUUUACGCACGUGAUCGUCAGGAACUAUGGAGUGACAAGUACCUUCAUCGACCACGCUUUGUUCACUAUUUAUCUAAUCACCAUGAGGCGAUUGGAAUUCCAACGGAAUUGCCUUCACGAGAUCGUAUAUUGUUGGCUCAUUAUGUAUCUAUAACUCAACCGCGAAAUAUAUCAGCCUGUAGUACUAGUGAACAAAAUAUGACAGAUACAAGCAUUCGAGAUCGAUUCGCGAAGAAAGUCAAGGAUGGAAUAAAAAAUUUGAUAAUCUAA